GCCCCCAUCCCCGCGUACCCCUAUGGCCCGGCGCUCCUCUACAAGCAGUCCAACAGGGGCCUCUACGGCGGCACGCGCAUCCACUUCGGUAACAAUGUGUCCAAGCGGACGGAGACCCACACGCGGCGGUCGUGGAAACCGAACAUCCUCAAUAAGUCACUGUACAGUGUCGCGCUGCGGAAAAUGGUGAAGCUACGAGUCUCGGCAAGAGUGCUGCGGACGAUUGAUAAGUCGGGUGGACUGGAUGAGUACCUGCUUAAGGACAAGGAAAAUCGGGUGAAGGAGUUGGGAGAGCUGGGGUGGAAGCUGAGGUGGCGGCUGAUGCAGGAAGAGAGCGUGCGGGAGAGGCUGCGGUUAGAGGCACUCGCGUUGGGGUUACCGAAAGAGGAG